AUGAUUCCCCCCGCAGAUUCGCUGCUCAAGUACGACACCCCGGUGCUGGUGAGCCGGAACAUGGAGAAACGAAGCCCCAAAGCUCGGCCACUGAAAGUCAGCCCCCAGCAGCCUGGAACCUCGGGUCCAGUCCCACAGCCACCAAAGACCAAGCUCCCCUCAACUUCCUCUGUCCCAGACCCUACAAAGCAAGCAGAAGAAAUCUUGAAUGCCAUCCUGCCCCCAAGGGAGUGGGUGGAAGACACUCAGCUAUGGAUCCAGCAGGUGUCCAGCACCCCCAGCACCAGGAUGGACGUGGUGCACCUCCAGGAGCAGUUGGACCUGAAGCUGCAGCAGCGGCAGGCCAGGGAGACGGGCAUCUGCCCUGUCUGCAGAGAGCUCUACUCCCAAUGUUUUGAUGAACUGAUUCGUGAGGUCACCAUCAACUGUGCGGAGCAGGGCCUGCUGCUCCUGCGUGUCCGGGACAAGAUCCGCAUGACCAUCGCCGCCUACCAGACUUUGUACGAGAGCAGCGUGGCCUUCGGCAUGAGGAAGGCGCUCCAGGCCGAGCAGGGGAAGUCAGACAUGGAGAAGAAAAUUGCAGAAUUGGAAACAGAAAAGAGAGACUUGGAGAGGCAAGUGAACGAGCAGAAGGCAAGAUGUGAGGCCACCGAGAAGCAGGAGAGUGAGAGGCGACAAGUGGAGGAAAAGAAGCACAACGAGGAGAUUCAAUUCCUAAAGCGGACGAAUCAGCAGCUGAAGGCCCAACUGGAAGGCAUUAUUGCACCAAAGAAGUGAUGAUUUCCAUAUGGGUCUCAGCAAGCUCUACCACCCCAUCACAAGCCCUUUGUAAUAAAAAGCUAGUUUCAUGAGUGAACACACCAUACCCCCUGAUCACCAUCUACCUAUUUGUCAGAAGUCCCACUAUUGCCCCAGUAUUAUGAACCAC